CAACAGUGAACAUGGAGAAUUGGUUCCUAAAUAUCUUCUCUAUGUAAUGCAGUUCAGAACACUUCAGAUUAAUCAGAUAUGUGCUGUUACAGGAAUCAGUUUCAUUUGAGGACGUGACUGUGGCCUUUACCCGGGAGGAGUGGGAUCAGCUGGACCCUGAUCAGAGGACCUUGUACAGGGAUGUGAUGCUGGAGACCUACAGCAUCCUGGUCUCACUGGGGCAUUGCAUUACCAAACCAGAGGUGAUCUUUAAGUUGGAGCAAGGAGGAGCACCGUGGAUUUUAGAGGAGGAAUUUCCAAGCCAGUGUUAUCCAGAAGAACUGAAAGUUGAUGGCAUAGUAGAAAGCAAAGAAAACCAAGAAAAACAUUUAUGGCAAGUUAAAUUUAUCAAUAACAAAAAUGUGAUUACAGAGAGAGAAAACAUACUAGAAAAAACAUUUCAUCUGUGCAUAGACUCUUUCCCUUCAAGAGAAAUUCCCAGUAAAUGUAACCGAGAUGGUAUGACUGUGAAAAUUUUAUCAGACUUAAUCACUAAUAAGCAAAACUAUUCAAGGAAGAAACUUGAUAAUGCCAGUCUGUGUGAGAAAUUGCUUCCUGACAUUAAGCAUGAGAAGAUUCAUACUAGAGAGAAACAUAAUAAGUUGAAUGAAAAUGAGAGCAUCUUCCAUCAGAAUGAGAAUCAUAUUCACCAUCAGGAGAGUCAGAGUCUAGAGCAACCAUUUGGAUAUAAUGAGUGUAUUAAAGCCUUCCACAAGAAUGCUCUCUUCAUUACACAUAAGGAAGCUCAAACUGGAGAAAAACCCUGUGAUUGUAAUGAAUGUGUGAAAACCUUACGGGAUGAAUCAACUCUCAUGUUCCGUCAGAUAAUUUACUCAAGGGAGAAUAACUAUGAAUUGAGUGAAUGUGGGGAAACCUUCUCUGAUAACUCAGUUCUCUUGAAGAAAUAUGAUGGAGUUCACAUGAAUGAGAAACACCAUGAGUGCAGUGUAUGUGGGAAAACCUUCUUCCAGAAAUCAACCCUCACAGUACAUCAGAGAACACACUCUGGGGAAAAGCCCUAUAAAUGUAAUGAAUGUGGGAGAUCUUUUUGCCGUAAGUCAGACCUAACUGUACACCAGAGAACUCACACAGGAGUGAAACCCUACAAAUGUACUACAUGUGGGAAAUCUUUCUACCAGAAGUCAGCCCUCACUGUACAUCAGAGAAUUCACACAGGAGAGAGACCCUAUGGAUGUACUAUGUGUGGGAAAACCUUCUGUCAGAACUCAACGCUCCGUCAACAUGAAAGAACACAUACAAGGGAGAAGCCUUACAAAUGUAGUGAAUGUGGGAAAUCUUUCUCCCAUAAGUCAGACAUGACUGUGCAUCAACGAUCUCACACAGGAGAAAAACCCUAUAAAUGUAAUGAAUGUGAGAAAUCCUUCAGUAUAAAGUCAAAACUCACUGCACAUCAGAGAAUACACUCAGGGGAGAAGCCCUAUGAAUGUAGUGAAUGUAGAAAAACGUACUAUAUGAAGUCAACCCUGAGUAAACAUCAAAGAAUCCACACCAGAGAGAAAACAUAUGAAUGUAACGAAUGUGGGAAGACCUUCUGUGAGAAGUCAGCUCUCCUUAAACAUCAACGAAUUCAUUCAGGGGAGAGACCCUAUGAAUGCAGUGAGUGUGGGAAAUCCUUUUCUGGGAAGUCAGCCCUUAGUAAGCAUCAAAGAAUUCAUUCAGGGGAGAAACCUUAUGAAUGUAAUAAAUGUGGGAAAACUUUCUGUGAUAAGUCAGCCCUUACUCAGCAUCAGAGAACUCAUACAGGAGAGAAACCAUAUGAAUGUAAUAAGUGUGGGAAAACUUUCUGUGAUAAGUCAACCCUUACUCAACAUCAUAGAACUCACACAGGAGAGAAACCCUUCAAAUGUAACAAAUGUGGGAGAACAUUCUGCCAAAAGUCACAGCUCAUUAAACAUCAGAGAAUUCAUACAGGGGAGAAACCCUAUGAAUGUAAAGAAUGUGGGAAAACUUUUUGCCAGAAGGCAUCCCUCACAGUACAUCAGAGAAUACACACAGGAGAGAAGCCCUAUGAAUGUGAAGAUUGUGGAAAAUGUUUCUCUGAUAGAUCAACUCUCAUUAAACAUAAGAGAAUUCACACAGGGGAAAAGCCAUAUCAAUGUAAUGAAUGUGGGAAGGCCUUCAGUCACAAGCCAACACUCACCACACAUCAGAGAAUACACACAGGAGAGAGACACUAUAAAAAUAAUGGAUGUGUAAAACCCUCUUACCAUAAUUCAGAGUAUUUGGUGCAAUCAAAAGUAUUGCCAAGGAAAAAGCCUUAUGAAUGUAACGAAUGUGGGAAAUCUUUCUACCAGAAGUCAACCUUCAAUUUACAUCAGAGAACUCACACAGAGGAGAAACCGUGUGUAGUGGAGAAUGGCAAUUUAUUUACCAAUGGUCCUAUCCUUUUCCUCCUGGGCACACAGCUAGUUUAUAUUUCACAGCCUCUUUUGCAUUCAGGUGGGACCAUGUGAAUAAGUCUGGAACAUAAUAGAUCUCCAUGGCAAUCCUCUGUGUUGUUUCCUGUUUUCUGUGAAGUAGGAAUAUAGAUGCCUUCCUUUAAGAGAUCAGUGUUCACUGUAUAUUGGUGAAUUCAGCAAGAGUAGAAACUCCUGUCAACAUUUUGAAGGUUGAGAAGCCUCAUCCAUGUAUCAAACUCAUUGUAAUUGGAGAAAUCAUAAGAAACCCAGAAAUGACAGCAAAUGUUAGACAGCCUUUACGAAAAAGUGAUAGCUCGUUGAACAUCAUUUAAGUAGUAGAAUAGAACCUUUUAAAUGUUUGAUUUCCUGAAAGUUUCUACAAAAGAUACUUUAUGAUAUAUCAGAGAAUUGAUGCUGAAGGCAAGAAUUAAUUUAGAAAAUAUAGUGAAAUUUUUAAGUUCAGAUACCACAAUUUUUAUUAGAUAUAAGGGAUUUUUCCCAUUUAUAUAGGCACUUUUGAACAUGUGUUUUUGUGAAAUAUAAAUGUUUUGGAUAAUCAGUUAUGCAGCAUUAAACGUGUAAAGAGUCCUUGAGAAAAGGUGUACUUUUUUGUGUCAGUGCACUACAUGGUAUUUUCUGGUUUUGGUUUUUCAAUAAGAAUCCAACAGCAUCAAAGUCAAAAAUCAAAAUCCUUAGUUUAAUAACCUUUAUGACAUGCACUACAAUGUCUUUUUGCAAAUACCACUGUGGCUUUUUAAAUAUCUUAACACAAUGUAUGUUUAUGUGAAACAGUAUUUGACAAAUUUAAAAUACACCAAGCACAUUUUUUCCCCUACCAUUUCCUGGUUUAUAUAAACAGGUAUGGUUAUUAUUGAACUACCUGGUCACUAAAAAGCCAAACUUUCUAUCCACACAUACUUGUGUAAAAACAAUUAUUUUCAUGAAAAUGCAAAUGUUGAGUAUACAAUUUACAUACAGUAGAAGUCUGAAUUUAAGAAAGCAGCUGUGAACAGUAAUGUUCAUUGUACUCUGCACCAUAAAAUGUGCUCAGUAAGAAAAUAACCCCAUCUUGCCACCUGAAAAAAUUUGAGGAACCUCCAAAGCUUCAAGUGUGUGAAGCCCAAGUUGUAUAUAACCCUAGAACUAUUUGGUAAUAUACUAUUUAUUGUUUUCUGCCUUUACUUCCUAGUAUUGCAAACAAUGGUAUAGUGCAGGGGUUGGCAAACUUUCUGUAAAAAGCCAUAGAGUAAGAGUGUUUUAAGCUUUUCAGGCCACAUAUUUCUGUUAAUGAUCACCUGUAAAGCAGGAGGCCGCCCCCACCCCCAAGGUUUGCUUGAGAUAUCAAAACUGAUGACACUACACACACAGACAUGUAUAUACAAAGAGAGUGUGAAAAGGUUUAUCACAUUAUUGAGGUCUCUCAGAAGAGCAGGGCAGGCCCUUUAAGCAGGUCCAAAAUGACUAGAAGGAAAGGAGACUGGCCUAGGUUUUUUAUUAGGGAGUGGAGCCAGGGUGAGAUCCUGUGUGUGGGCAGGGCCUUAUAUGGUUUAAUUCUCCCAUUGGCACCAAAGGAGGAAGUAUCCAGGUUUUUUUAUGAACUUGUCCCGUUGUAGGGCACAAUGGAUGAGGUUUGAAAGAUGUCAUUAGUCAGACAGUAAACAAUGGAGUUGGAGUUCUCAUUUCAGUUUGUCACAUUAAAAGAAACCCUCUAAAAAUGAAAGCCAUUCUUAGCUCAUGGACCAUAGAAAAAGAAGGCUGUGGGCCAGGUUUGACCUGCGGGCCGUACUUGACCAUCCCUGAUACUGUGGUUAAGGACCUUGACUGGAUCCAGACUUCUGGGUUCACAUCCCAGCACUGACACAUAUUGGGUAUAGGACUUGGGGCAAAUUCCUUGACACCUGUUCUUCAAUUUACUUAUCUGCAAAAUGAUAACAUUACCUAUCCUAUGCUGUUCUGGUAAGGAUUUGGCAAGUUAGUCGAUCUGAUGUACUUGGUCCAAUGUGUAGAACACAUUACAAGUGCUAGCUACUAUGUGGGUAGCAUCAUUUCCUUGCAACAGAUUUUUAGGAACUUCUCAUAUAUUUGAUUUGCUACCAAACUUAUCCCCAACUUACUCCAUGCUAACAGAGUGUUAUUUUUGUUUCAUUGUCCAGUCUUUGUCUAUAUGAUUCAGAGGGUAAAUCAUGAUUAAUAACUUAGUUUUAAAAAUGUUUCCCGAUCAUUGGAUGAUUGGAAGUAAUCAUAUGACUCAGCUCUGGUCAGUGAAGAGCUUGGAGGAAGUAUUCAGCAGGAUCUAGGGGAAAAGGAUUCCUGAGUGAUCAACAUUUGAUAAGAUGGCUCUUUAGUUUUGCUGUUCUUAUGUCUGUUCAUGAUAUCUGUAUCUUGAGAUCCUGAGGUGGUACCUGAGGAUUGCAAAGCACAAAACUUGGAAGAUGGUGCAUCAUUGUUAUCUUCUGAGCAGGUGAAAUUGCCAAACUUGGAACUUCAUUAUAUAUGAGGAUAAAUUUGUCAUCAUUAAAGCCAGUUGAGUUAGGAUUUUCUGUUUCUUGGAUCUAAAGCUGAUUUAACCAACAAAGGUAUACCAUUUUGAAAACUUUUUAGUUCAGAAGUAUUAACUUCUAGCAGUCUGGAGGGGGACUCAUGAGAUUCAUGAGAAAUUGAGGCUUGGCCAUUUGUCAGCCUUGCCAUGCUUUGAAACUUGCAAUUAGAAAUAAAGUUAUUCAGUAUUCCAUUGUAUGAAACAACUGCUUUGUUAAGCUUUCAUUGCAUUGCAUCAGCAGAGAAAACCACCUGGAAAUUGCCAUUAUGUAUGUCUUGCAUUUUAAAUGUGUGAAAUAAAUGUUACAUUAAACUUAAUUGUUCAUUGA